AUGUCUUUCAGGGCUUUCUCCGGUCGACAUGAGCGGGACGCUUUCGACACCCUGUUUGACCACGCUCCAGACAAGCUCAAUGUCGUCAAGAAGACUCUGAUCACAUUUGUGAACAAACACCUCAACAAGCUCAACCUAGAGGUGUCUGAACUGGACACACAGUUUGCAGACGGCGUGUACCUGGUGCUGCUGAUGGGGCUGCUGGAGGGAUACUUCGUGCCUCUCUACAACUUCUUUCUCACACCGGAGAAUUUUGACCAGAAGGUUCACAACGUGUCGUUCUCCUUCGAGCUGAUGCAGGACGGAGGUCUGGAGCGACCGAAGCCGAGACCGGAAGACAUCGUGAACUGUGACCUGAAGUCCACCCUGCGCGUGCUCUACAACCUGUUCUCCACCUACCGGAGCGUGGACUGA